AUGAGUGGCUUGUUGUAUCCGCCCUCAGUCACUGCUCUGCUCUCCGCCGACAUGGCCGCUGUCGUCCGCCUGCUGGAAUGGAUCUUCUUCUUCUACUUCUUCUCCCACAUCCCCAUCACUCUGCUCAUAGACCUGCAGGCCGUCCUCCCGUCCAGCUGGUACCCGCAGCAGUUGCUGGACCUGGUGAGAUGGUACACCGUCACCUUCAAGGACCAUCUUAUGAUGAACCCUCCACCUUGGUUUAUGAGCUUUGUGUAUUGUGAAGCCAUUGUUCAGCUUCCCUUUUUCCCUGUGGCUGCCUAUGCGUUUUUAAAAGGUGGAUGCCGGUGGAUCAGAAUCCCUGCCAUCGUCUAUUCCUCCCAUGUCGCCACCACAGUACUGGCCAUCCUCGCACAGCUUCUCUUUGGUGAUUUUCCAAAAACCAGUGAGCUGGAUUCUCCAACACCACAGGAGCGCCUUACUCUGGUGGCCAUAUAUGCUCCCUACCUGGUGAUCCCGCUAUUGAUUCUGAUCACCAUGCUGUUCAGUCCUAGGUACUAUAAAGAGGAGAAGCGGAAAAGGAAGUAA